AUGGGUUACCUACAUAGGAAGGAUAUAUUUUCUUCAGACCAUGACUCUCUUGGUCUAAAUUCCAUUGACGAAAAUGGCAAGCAUGGCUUCGCCCAUUUCAAGGUUGCUGGGUUUGCAUCUAAUCAAAUUACUACGCCAACUGGCAUGAGAGAGGACAUAUUGCUCUUAUCCUGGCUUAUUGUGCUUUUGCGCACCCAAGAGGACGGCCUAGUCACCUGCGAUUGGGCAUAUAAAGGCUAUACCAGAGAUAUUGAACAUGAACCAAAAGAAAAUUCCUUGUCAACGGCUGAGGUUGCACCUGAUUUGAAUAUGGAUGUCGAACAAGCUGCCGCAGUCGUCUUUGACCACAUCAAAAGUACUAUGCCAAGUCAGCCCGAACUUACCUCUUAUCCUGCCUCCAUUCUCUUGAGUACUGGAUCUCUAUCGAAAACCAAUGAGACUGCUAAAGAUGAUAACAUCAUCCAUAUGGAAACACGUUUUGAAAAUGAUCAGCUUUGUAUACGCCCAAUAUGGAAUACCCAUGGUAUACCCCAAUUUACAGUACUGAGACAGGCCCAGAUAUUAGUCGAUACCAUCAAGAUGUGUAUUUCGAAUCCGCGGAUGUCCAUUAUAGGCUGUCUUCAACCAACAGAGCGGGAUUUAGAGGACAUAUGGCGGUUAAACUGCCAUGUACCUCCUUCUUACAGCUUCUGUAUGCACGAUGUUAUUACAGAACAAGCCCAGAGAAAUCCGAAUAAAGUCGCGAUAUCGUCAUGGGAUGGCGACUUAACCUACAGCCAAAUUGAUCAUUACUCUACAUUUCUGGCGCACUCGCUGAAGGAAAAUGGCGUUCAGUUACAAGAUUUUGUACCUGUAUGUUUUGAAAAGUCAAAGUGGACCAUCGUUGCCGUACUUGCAGUGAUGAAAUCCGGAGCAACUUUGGUACUCAUGGAUCCGACACUCCCUCUAACUCGUCUGCAAAAUAUGGCCAAGCAAGUCGUGGCUAGUACAAUCGUCACGUCGCGCAUUCAGAGUUCACUGGGAAUGUCAAUUAUACCAGGUGGAAAAGUCCUCGUUGUGAAUGCCAACACAUUUGCAGAUGCUCUGAAGGUGCAAACUAGAUCGAAAUUACCUGUGAUUCCUCCUUCAACCCUGAUGUACAUAAUUUUCACAUCUGGAAGUACAGGAACUCCAAAAGGAGUGAAGAUUUCACACGAAAAUUAUACAAGUAGUGCCAUUCCUCGAGCAAAAGCGGUUGGAUACACAGAGGACUCUAGAGUCCUUGAUUUCGCGUCUUAUGCAUUUGACGUCAGUAUCGAUAGUAUGCUUUUAACAUUGGGAAAUGGUGGCUGUCUGUGUAUUCCAUCGGACGAAGAUCGAAUGAAUAACAUAAAUGGGGCUAUACGAGAAAUGCAAGUGAACUACGCCGGACUUACUCCCUCAGUCGCCCGAGUUCUGGAUGCAGAUAUUAUCGCAUCCCUUAGUGGUCUUGGCCUUGGGGGAGAGGCGGCUUCAGUAAGAGAUGUCAUGCUGUGGGGGCAGAAAACGAGGAUCAUCAUAGGAUAUGGUCCUUGUGAAUGCACAAUAGGUUGCACAGUAAACAGUAGCGCAGCUACUGGGAGAGAUUAUAUUUCCAUUGGACCAGGAAAUGGUGCUCUUAUUUGGAUUGUCGACCCCGAUGAUCACGAGUCGUUGAUGCCGGUCGGAGCUGUGGGUGAGCUACUAGUGGAAGGUCCAAUUGUGGGCCAAGGGUACUUGAAUAGUCCAGAAAAAACCAAAAUGUCUUUCAUUGAAAAUCCAAAAUGGCUUAUGACAGGGCACGGAAGACACGCUGGCCGCCGGGGCCGCUUGUACAAGACCGGUGAUCUUGGAAAGUACGACCCAGAUGGUUCCGGGGGUAUAGUUUUUGCGGGACGAAAAGAUACUCAAGUAAAGCUCCGUGGACAACGCGUUGAACUUGGAGAAAUUGAAAGUCAGCUUAAGACCGUACUGCCAUCAGAAACAAGUGUGAUUGCAGAGGUAAUUACACCCCCAGGAUCCGACAGCCAGAAAGUGUUGGUAGGGUUUAUUGCAUCAAAUCCCUCUAAAAGGUCGGAGGAUGUGGAUUUGAGGACUAAAGAAUUUGAUGAUAAGCUGCAAAAAACACUCUCCGGGGCCGAAGAGCAUUUAGCAAACGUAUUGCCGCGAUACAUGAUACCGAUCGCAUACAUACCCAUUAACUACAUUCCUGUUUUGAUUUCAGGUAAAACAGAUCGCCAGCGAUUGAGGCAGUUUGGAAUCACAGUAGACUUACGGCAGCUAAAGAAGAGAGUCACGGCUACCCCUCAACGACAUUUGAGUGGUCUUGAAGAAAAAUUGCGCGACGCUUGGAGUCAGGCCUUGAAAUUGGAGAUUGAAGUCAUUGGAUUGGAGGAUGAUUUCUUCACAUUAGGGGGCGACUCUUUAACAGCAAUGAAACUAGUUCCAAUCUGCCGGGAACAAGGCUUGGAAAUAUCUGUGGCGGAUAUUUUUGAGCACCCGACGCUCGAGACAAUGGCUAGAAUUACUCGAAAUUGCAAUAUCUCGACGGUAGGGACGGUUCCUUUGUUUUCAAUGAUCACCCAGGGUGUCGAAAGCGCUUGCAUUGAAGUGUCGGCUGUUUGUGGAAUUAACCGGGAAAACAUUGAAGACAUUUAUCCCUGUACACCUACUCAGGAGUCCUUGUUUACGUUCUCACUUAAAUCAGCUAAGCCUUAUGUGGCUCAGAGAAUUGCGGUUAUUCCUUCACAUACUAGUCCAACCGCUUUGAGAGAAGCAUGGGAAGAAGUUGUGGCAGCUAUCCCUAUCAUACGCACUCGCCUGGUCCAAACGCAGGACCCUGGUCUUCAGCAAGUUGUCAUAAAAGAAGGAAUUGAAUGGAACUACUCGGACGACCUGGAGAGUUAUCUGGAGAACGAUAAGAAUGAUAGGAUGGAUCUUGGUCAACGGCUAGCUCGAUAUGCAAUUGUCGAAAAUUCAAAGGAUGGCAGGUGUUAUAUGGUGUGGACGGUUCAUCACGCACUCUACGACGGAUGGUCCGAGCCUUUGGUUCUUAAAAUGAUCAGCGACGUUUUGCGAGGACAGCCUGUUGAGGUGCAGACAGAGAUGAGAGACUUUUCCAUGUUUGUGCACGAUACUGAUGAAGCUGCUUCGAAAAGCUUCUGGCAACAAGAAUUGAAUGAUGCCGUUGGGCCCCAAUUCCCCCGUCUACCAUCUAGAGACUACCUACCUACUGCUGAUUCAAUGAUAGAGCAUCAUAUUACUUUCGAAACUAGCUCCAUGCUACAAUUCACAACUGCAACACUUAUCCGAGGUGCAUGGGCGUUCGUAGCAUCACAAUAUACAGGGUGUGAUGAUGUUGUUUUUGGUGAGACCCUUAUGGGAAGGGAUAUCCCGCUGCCGGGAGUUGAAAGUAUAAUUGGUCCCUUGAUUGCAACGGUACCAGUUCGUAUCAAUGUGCAUCGAUCUACUUCCGUUGAGAAAUACCUACGUAUGAUACAACAAGGAAUGUUAGCUCGCACCCCAUACCAGCAUAUGGGAAUGCAAAACAUCAGAAAGGUCAGCCAGGAUGCUCAACACGCGUGCGAAGCACCAACAGGCUUGGUCAUACAGCCAGAACCUGAGUAUACGGGUCUUGACCUAGGAUUUCAACAAGGAGAUGUUGUACUCGAAGCCCUGCAUUUCAACCCUUACCCAUUGAUGCUUGCUUGCGGAAUACGGAAAAAUGGCUUUAGAGUGUGUGCAAGCUUCGACAGUAGCCUGAUUAAGCCCACACAGAUGAAAAGAGUUCUCAGACAUUUCGAAACAGUCGUUUAUCAGUUUAUGAACAAUGCAUCGCAGCGAAUGGAUCAGAUAUCAUCUCUUCCAGAAGACGAAUUGGAUCAAAUUUGGAAAUGGAACAAAACUCAACAACCCUUAUACGAGUUAUGGGAAAGAAUCCCAAGUGAGGUGAAUAUCAAGAAAGAGUCAACUUAUACAAAUUCGAUAACUCCCUGGGUGUGCGAUGCACGUAAUCCAUCUCUACUGUCACCUAUCGGCUGUGUCGGUGAGCUUUGGCUUGAAGAAGCCGUCGAUCCUGGAGAGAUUGUUGUAUCUCCACCUUGGCUUAUGGCUGGAAGUUCAAAUUUUAGAGGUCGAAAAGGUGAAGUCAAAUCAACAGGUGAUAUGGUACGGCUACAUGAAGAUGGUCGCUUGAUCUUUGUUGGUAGGAAAGCGGAUAUAGUAACAGUCAAAGGGCAUGGAGUUCAUAUUGUCGAAAUUGAAUCUCAGUUGAUGCGAUAUCUCCCACCUGCAAGUCAUGCUGCUGCGGCGAUUACCAGCUCUGGAUCAAUUAUGGAUGGGCAGAGAUCAGAGCAUGAACUUCUCGUUUUUGUAGAGCAACAGGUAUUUGACGGAGACGCUAUCAAGCUGCUAUCAACGCCGCAUGUGAUAAGGUGUGAUGUGCCGGGCUCCCAAGGGUUUGAGAUGACUAUAUGCCCCUCUGUCUCAACCACUCUAGUUACGGCAUUGAGAAGACUCGACAAAUUCAUAAAUGAUUCUCUUCCGUCAUAUAUGGUUCCGUUUGCUUACGUCGUUGUGGAUAAAUUACCUUCCAAAGCGAACCUCGUCGACCGCAACUUGUUAAAUCAUCUAGUUUCGGAGAUAUCGUCCGAUUUAUUUACACGGCUUCGUGAAAGUUUGCAUAAGAUAUGGGCAGAAAGCUCCGGCAAGAAAAAGUUCACGCGUGCAGAAAGUAUUCUCCAAACCUUUUGGGCAACCAUAUUGGGAAUUCCCUCAGAGCGGAUUGACGUGGACGACAAUUUCUUCCGUCUGGGCGGCGAUUCAGUUCUUGCAAUGAAGUUGGUCUCAAUAUUACGAGCAGAAGGUCACAAUUUGACCGUGGCUGAUAUCUUUCAACAUAUGCGCCUGGGCGAAGCGGCCAAGGUUUUGAAAGUAGACUGUCUAUCGAAGCAGGAGGUUAUAGAUUACAAACCUUUCUCGACUGUCCCUUAUUUGGAUAUUGACCUUUUCUUGUUUGAAGUUGUUCGCCCUAAACUUAACGAGCCAAGUUGGUUAGUUCAAGAUGCCUAUCCCGUGACGGAUUCUCAGGCACUUGACAUAAGAGGAACCAUCCAAUCCCCACGGACGUCUGUACAAUACACAAUGAUGUACUUUGACAAAGAAAUUGAUAAAGACAGACUGUCCAGCGCCUGCAAAGAGCUGACCAAAACCCACGACAUCCUACGCACCGUUUUCAUUGAACACGACUCGACCUUCUUCCAGAUUGUUUUGAGCAAUCUAGAAGUUCCGGUGGUUGAGUGGACGGCAGACGUUGAUAUUGAAAAAUACGUCGCUAACCUUUGCACGAAGGACAUCGAAUCAGACUUUAAACUAGGUUCAUCUUUUUUUAAGAUUUUCCUAGUUCAAGGAACUGAUAAUCGCUCAUGUCUUAUCCUAGGCCUGUCGCAUGCCCUGUACGACGGUAUAUCUCUACCUAGGCUCCUUCGAGACCUAGAGAGCUUGUAUACUGGAGGGAAGUUGGAGAAUUUCCAACCACUUUCGUCUUACAUUGCAGCAACCCGCGAAAAACGCGUUCAGUCGGAAGGGAUUAAAUAUUGGGCAAAACUCCUCAGUGGAUCGUCUCUCUCUGUUCUCCAAGGAAAAUCAUCAGAACCUAGGGAUAGAUCAAUAUUCCACACAAAGCCCGUAGAUAUCUUCGCCCCUCUUGAAGACAUUACGACUGCGAGUCUACUCACGGCAUCAUGGGCGCUGGUGCUCGCUCGUCGCCUCAAUAGACCAGAUGUCACUUUCGGAACAGUUACUUCGGGUCGGAACAUCGCCAUGGCAAAUGUGGAAGACGUCAUGGGGCCCUGUUAUCAACUCACACCUGUCCGUAUUUUAUUCGAAUCCCAGUGGACGGCCAUGGAUCUUCUGCGAUUUGUUCAGAGACAGACUGCACAAUCUGCUAUGCAUGACUUUGUGGGCUUUGAGAGGAUUUCAAAGGAAUGUGUGCUGUGGUCAGGACAAGUGGAAUUCUUUGACUCCGUCACUCAUCACCAGGACUUUGAAGAUUUUGAUACCAUGCCUUUUGCAGGGGGGAGUUGCAAAGUAGACAUAGCUAACCCUGAUGGAGAUGCCACUCAUCCCAUCAAGCUUGUUUCUUACUUCAGAGGUGGGCAGAUGCACGUCGGUGUGGUUGGUAGUGAAAGAGAUCCAUCGUUCGUAAGUACAGUUCUGGCGGAGCUGGCUAAGACAGUUCAAGAGUUGGCAAGUCAACCUUCUAAGAAUGUGGUUCUUGAUAUUCAAACAAAGCCUGAGUAG